AGCCGCGGAGCCGCUCGCAGGCCCGGGAGCGCCGCCCAUCGCCCUCAUGGCGGCCCGGCGGGGCACUGACGAGAUGCGGGACCGCGUGGUGCUGGGCGAGUUCGGCGUCCGCAACGUCCACACCACCGACUUCCCCGGGAACUACCCCGGCUACGAGGACGCCUGGGACCAGCGGCGCUUCGAGGAGGCGUUCCGCGUGGACGUGAUCCGUGAGGAAGAGGACACCCUGGAGUUCGACAUGGUGGGCAUCGACGCCGCCAUCGCCAACGCCUUCCGCCGCAUCCUGCUCGCCGAGGUGCCAACGAUGGCUGUAGAGAAGGUCUUUGUGUACAACAACACAUCCAUUGUGCAGGAUGAAAUUCUGGCUCAUAGGCUGGGCCUCAUCCCUAUCCGAGCUGACCCACGGCUCUUUGAGUACAGAAACCAAGGAGAUCAGGAAGGAACUGAAAUUGAUACUCUGCAAUUUCAGCUGAAAAUCAAAUGCAAACGAAACCCUCAUGCUGCCAAGGAAUCAUCUGAUCCUGAUGAACUAUAUUUCAAUCAUAAAGUGUACAGUAAGCACAUGACAUGGGUGCCCCUGGGGAAUCAGACAGACCUUUUUCCAGAUGCUGACUUCCGACCGGUUCACGAUGACAUCCUCAUUGCACUGUUGCGACCUGGGCAGGAAAUAGAUGUGCUUAUGCACUGUGUCAAGGGUAUAGGUAAGGAUCACGCCAAGUUCUCACCUGUGGCCACAGCCAGUUAUCGACUGCUUCCUGACAUUACUCUCCUGCAGCCCAUUGAGGAUGAGGCAGCUGAGACGUUGCAGAAGUGCUUUUCCCCUGGGGUCAUUGAGAUCCAGAAUAUCAAUGGAAAAAAGGUGGCAAGAGUAGCCAAUGCACGGCUGGACACAUUCAGCAGAGAAGUUUUCCGACAUGAGGGUCUGAAAAACCUCGUGCGCCUGGCAAGAGUACGGAACCAUUACAUCUUUUCCGUGGAGUCGACGGGUAUCUUGCCUCCAGAUGUGCUGGUGAGUGAAGCCAUCAAGAUCCUGAUGGGAAAGUGUCAGCGCUUCCUCAAUGAGCUGGACUCUGUGUCUAUGGAGUGACUAGGCUGUUGGGAAAGCAGAAACCUGCACUGCUGUUCUGGGCUUCCUGCACCUGCCUUUAGGGAGAAUUCCUCUUCCAUAGGCAGGGGUUUGCUCAGAGUCCAAGGACUGUCUCUGGAUUUUUCUGUUGGUAAUGAGCCGUAGUGAGAGGAUGCACUAAAAUAAAGGCUUUUUUUUUUUUUUUUUUAAAAGCUGUCUCCUGUGCCAUUCACAAUUGUGAAACCAUAAUACAUGGAGAAGAAGGUGGCAGCGUGUCUAAAGAUGAGUAACAGCAUUCAUUUUAGAUGGUAUGCAGUGAGGAGGACUGAUAGGGCAGCGCAGUAAAGCACUUCACAGCACGUCAGUGAGGUUUAACGAGUUGCUGUCCGGGCAUGGCUGGUUUGGGUGUUUCAGACCAGCUCAGGGAUAGUUAAUAUGAUAGAGAAAAGGCUGUACUGUCAGAGGACUGGAACAUCUACCCUAUGAAGAAACUGAGAGAGCUGGGAUUGUUCAGCCUGGAGAACAAGAAAGCUCCCGGGAAACCCUAUUCUGGCCUUUCAGUAUAUAAAGGGGGCAUGGAGAAAGACUUUACCAGGGUCUAUAGUGACAGGCUGAGGGCCAACAGUUUUGAACUGGAAGAAGGUAGACUUAUAUUGAACAUUAGGUAUUUUUUACAAUGAGGGUAGAGGUAAGUUGUCACAGGUUGCCUAGCGCUGGGAAUGCCCCAUCCCUGGAAGUGUUCAAGGCCAGAUUAGAUGGGGCCUUGAGCAACAUGGUUGAGUGUUAAGAGUUGAAAAUGUCUGGGAGUAUUGGUGUGUCCCAGUUGCUGAAGUCAAUGUACAUUUUAGUGCUAGACCUCAGCAAGUAAGCAGAAUGAAAAUUUGUUUCCUUGGGGCAGAAUUACUUAGAAUGUAAACAUCCUGUUAGAGUGAACAUGCUGCAGGGAGGAGGUACACUUGGCAUCCUGGCUCCAGCCCCAGCCUGCCCCAUGCCAUGCUGCAGACCCAGGCAUAUGCUGCAUGUGCCUAUGACACAUUAUCUCUAUCUGUCUGUCUGUCUGUCUGUCUAUCUAUCUAUCUAUCUAUCUAUCUAUCUAUCUAUUUCUCUGUGCUAUUGCUUCACAUGCUUAUGGGACAGACCCUUGAAAAGCCUAAGGGUUUUGCUUUGACAGCACAUACCCUCAAGCUGUAAGCUGGGACCUAGAAUUA